AGGUUCCGACACUCGCCUCCAGGUUUUCCCUGUCCCCUCCUCUGCGUUUUUAUCCGCCACCUCCAUUCCCCGCUAACGAAGAAAGAGAAGGAGCCGUUCCUCUCGCCAUCUGUCGUCUCGUGAUUCCAAGGCACUCCAAGGACGAUAAAAAGGACGCCUCCCUUUGCAUCGCCUACCCUCGCCUUUCCCCUCUCGCUGUCUCCUUUUCCCUCUCAUGCCCCUUCUCCUCCCGCGAUGUCAUCCCCUCUCCGCAACGGCGACACCCCCUCUCCCGCCGUCGGCCGCCGCCACUUCCACUCCACCGUCUCCGAGAAGAAGAUCCGCCGCCUCAACAACCUCAUCCUCCUCCUACGCUUCGCUGCCUUCUGCUUCUCCCUCGCCGCCGCCAUCUUUAUGGCCACCAACUCCUCCCGCUCCCCUGGCUCCCCUUCCUGGCUCCACUUACACCCCUUCAGGCUGGUGUUCGCGGCGAACGCCAUCGUGGCCGUCUAUUCCUUCUUCGCCAUGGGGUUUUCCAUCUGGGAGAUCCUGAAAGGCGCCACCCUUUUCCCCGAGCCCCUCCAGCUCUGGUUCGACUUCGCACACGACCAGGUGUUCGCGUACCUGCUGCUGGCGGCGGAGGCGGCGGGGACGGUGGAGGCACGAGGGCUGAAGGGAGCCCACACGUGUUCGUCGGAGAGCGCGUUCUGCGUGCAGGCGUACGUCUCCGUGGCUCUCGGCUUCCCCGGAUUUGCGUUCCUCGCUCUUGCCGCGCUCGUAUCAGGCUUCCGCGUAGCCUGCUACGUGAUCACCGGCUCUCGCUUCCAGCCUUAGCGUAGAUCCUAGUUCGGAAAGAAGCUUAUUACUCUGUUGCUUUUGUUUUACUAUAUUAAAUAAUAAUUUUUGUGGGGUUUUUGUCCGA